AUGGCCGGCCCUGGGCAUUCUCUGCAGCUGGUGGCGGUGCUGCCGAGUACCGUCGCCCCCAGCUGCCGUCGAUUCGACGUCCAUGGAGCUCAGCUCCGAAGACACGAGGGCUGGCCGUCCUCAGCAGUCGCAGAGUCGCACCUGGGUGUAGUAGCGGCGCCUUGCUUCCAAACAAUGACUUCAUCGCAACUCUAUCGCACCCGCAUCGCCAGCUCCAAGCAUAAUGCUCACUUCCCGGCGCGCCACGGGACAGCCUCGUCCACUGGCGGCUCAACCGCAAAAGUGUUAAAAGUGUUCCAGAACUUCGGCGCCUGCCACCCCAAAGCAGGCCUGCAAGCGAGCUGCUCCCUCGUCGGCUGGGGAUCACCUCGCAAUUCCUCCGCUUUCACAGAUCCUGCGCCCUGGUCUGACGUGAGCAUCGGCCAAGUCUACCCAGCGCGCGCCAUCCCGUGUCCUGUCCAAUCUCGCCAUCUUAUCGCAUGCUGCAUGCAUCAGUGUGCCUGCAUCCAUCGCGCAGGCCUGAAUCCACACAAUUGUUUUGCCGCCUAUAGAGCGUCUGCGAUAUCUCGUUAUCGGCUGAAUCGGCUGCUGGGGUACCCUUGGUGCGACCGCCACCCAAAUUCAUGCAUCGGUCAUGAGUGGAUUGCGAUGCAUUGGCUCACGACUGCGCCACGCGAGGGACACCCGGAACGAACACCCAAGACUUUCAGGCACAGAAACAAUCAAACCACCAAGCUUGGUGAAGUUGUCAAGGCGGAACUGCGGGAACUACUUGCUUACACCAACGUAGCGAGCUGUGUUGCUCUCACUGCAGUUCUCUGUUACCUAGUGCUCGCCAAGUAG